UCCCGACCUGAGCCAUGUUCUGACACCCUGCCCGAAGUCUAGAGAUAUCCAUACGAACCCCAAACUGCUUGGCGGGCAACAACCCCGAUGCCUCAUCAUGCCAGCGCGACAGCCGUCUGCCCGCUCCCAGUCUUUUCUUCCUCCUGAAUGGCAAGUCGCCUCGUCGAACUCAACUGUCAAAACCUUCAUUGGUGGUCGCCAGCCGUCAUGGAUGGUAAAUACUCAUCCCGUCAAACCUACUCCUCGGCCAAGCACUCCUCGUUCGAAUCAGCCUCAGCAGCCACAGUCACAGUCACAACAGCAGGCCGCUCAACCGAUACCAUCGAGCGUCCUCCCCUCCCCCGCCCCAAGCGACGAACCGAGCCCGGCUGUCUCAACAUCGGUAUACAGUCCUAAUCCCAAUCCUGCCUCCCUCCCGGAGGGUCAAGAUAUGGGACAGCCGACGGGCCCCCCGAACUCCGUGGCGCUUCCCGUCACCGAAGCGCGAUUUGUGCAUGCCUUGACUCUAGACAACCCCUUGCCCGCAUCAGCCAACGCGCACACACCUCAAGAGAUGGAUGCGCCCUCGCCGCGAGGAACAGGCGUGGGUAUUCGGUCUCCUCCUGUCUCGGCACCGUCUCAGCCACAACCUGUCCGUACCCGAUCAUUGCCACAGCCGCUACCGCCACAUACGACUGCACCGAUGCAGGUUACCCGGGCCGCUAUGAACCAACCAUCAACGGCUCCGAAUUUCGAAGGCACCAGAGGAAUUGAUUCGAGCUCAAAUGUGGUGCGAUCAUCCACCACAACGUCGAACCAACCUAUGGCCAACAACGGCCCUCCCUCAAAACGGCGACGCACAGAGCAGAAAGGUACAAAUGCAAUGGACUUCUCUCAAUACUCUAUAAUCAUCGAGUCAUGGAUCACUUCCUGCGGCGGUCCUCAGUCUUUCUCGCAAGACAUCGAAUGGCCCAGGAUGCUGCUACUAAGGGAAGCCUGUAAGAUGAGCGAUAGUUUCUUCCUCGCAUUACAUCAGUUGUUUUGCAUUUGGUCUCGGGACCGAAAUGAGGCAUACAGAUAUCUAGCCCAUCCACCCGGUAUUUUGGACGCCGGCUUCACGGUUAUCGAGCAGAUCCUGAAGAAGAAUGACCUGCUGUCGCCUGCGAACUCGUUUUGGUUCGCGAAUCUGCCGGCGCCGCUCCCUCAACUCCUCCAAAAGUCACCACAAUACUCCUCGAUGGUCGACUCUGUGGGGUCCUUCUUGCUGAGAGUCUCGUUCAACUUCAGCAGUCUCACACAGGCGACAUUGAGACGAAGAUAUCCAUACCUUGUCGAGGAGCUCCUUGUAGAGCUGCACUGUUUCUCGCGCGUCCUCCAGGUAGUCCUCUUCACGGCAUCCCGGCGAAGACUUGGUGUGCCAGAUGGACCCCUUGGCGUAACCAUAGACCAGGCAUUUCUCGACGACCAAAGUAACCACCUAACAGCGACGGGCACCUUUCCGCCGUUCCUUCUGCAGGUGGAGCCCGACCAAUUCGAGCAACGCAACACAACCUUGAUCCAGUAUUUUAGACACGUCAUGAAUCAAGCCUACCAACUAUACCAGGGUCGAUCGCCGGGACAGGGACCCCUUGCGUCUCCCACUCCACAGUCGGCCACCACUCUCGGGCUGAGUAUGUCACCAAGGCCCCAGGCCCAAGGGCAACAUUCGGGCUCUCAUCCUGGGACUCCAACCCUUCCGAGCAAUAGUGUUCCUCCGCGAAGGCCUACUCUACAUGCCGUUGCAGGACCAGGCCCAGGCUCAGGCCAAUUUCCAACCUCGCCAUACAUGAACGGGCCCCCCCAACAACCGACCCAUCAACAGGGCGCCGGCGUACCCCGUGGGCAGGUGGCCACUCAGCCCACCGGGCAUCAUGCCAUGGCGCAGCAACCGCAAUCGCCUGGUUAUGUGAACUUCCCCUCAUACCAAAUAACACAACAGACGCAAAACACAGGCGUGGUGGCUGGCGGAAUGCUGGAACAGUAUGAACAAAUGCACCAGCGACUACAAGUUUGUUCAAGCCAACCCUUUUCAACUAAUCCUGUCACCGGCCCUCCCACUCCCCGACUGGGGAGGGCCGUUUCUCAUGGACAGGCCCUCCCAUAUCCAUCCCAACUCUCUGUCACGCCGCCUGGAACUGCUGCGCCAGCUGCCGCCCCUACAUCUGCAGGGCAUACGCCUACGUUUCCGAAUGGGAUUGUAUUGCUCCAGCAGCAACUCGCGCGCCAAUCGUACAUGCAGCAAAACACGCAAAAUGUGCAACAAAACACGCCGAAUGUGCAACAACACACGCCAAAUGUGCAACAUGUGCAACAGGUGCCGAAUGUGCGUCAGAGACAGACACAACCAGUGGGCCCAGAUCAGUUUGUAGCGCCGAAGCGGGGUUAUAUACCGAGGCACGAGUGGCCUGCCGACCCUCAGGAUAGGAAGUCCAUUCUGAUGUCGCUCCACCAGGCACAGGUUCGCAGCCCGAAGAGGACUGUGCGGACGACGGACAGCGACGGCCCUGCCGAGCGGUAUUACCAGGCUGUCAAGUCACUUCCUGUGCCGCCAACCGCCGUUCCUCCGGUCAACCGCCUCUACAAGCUGAAUUUCGCGGUGACGGGUGAGCAGUGUGCUCUAACAUCCACAAGCCGCCGGAAGCCCGAAGAACGCCUGCCCGUGACUGAGCAUUUCAAUGGAUCCCUCCGGUGGAGGCUUAGGUGCUGCUUUUCUAGAUCCAAGUCCGCCUCCAUACCCGAACACGCAUGGGUCUCAAUGGAGACAAAUUGGCCUCCACAUAUCUCGGUAAAACUGAACAAUCGGGUCAUUGAAAUUCGGAGGCAUAUGCAAAACGGCAAAGACCUUCCUGCAGAGCUCACGCCGUACAUCGUUCCUGGCACGAACGACCUCCGCAUUGCGGUGGCUGAUGCGAAGCAGCCGACCAACGGUCAGUUCAUCGUGGCCGUGGAGCUCGUGCAGACUCUGAGCCACUCGGAAGUUCUCGCCUACGUCGAGAGGCACGGCUUCACCAGCCCGGAGAGAACUCUGGGGAUCAUCAAGUCCCGUCUGAGCGGAAAAGCGGAUGACGACGGUAUCUUGCUGGUCGAUAAGGAGCUCUCCAUCGACCUCGCGGAUCCCUUCACCUCAGUCAUGUUCAAGAUCCCCGCCAGGGGCAUAGCAUGUACGCACAUGGAGUGCUUCGACCUGGAGACUUGGCUGAAUACGAGGCCGGCCAAAGCCCCGGCGAAGUGUCCCCAUGGCCGAUGUCCCAUCUGCUUCAAGGAUGCCCGGCCUUACAGCCUACGCGUUGACGGCUUCCUCCUCGAAGCCCGCCAGCAACUAGAAAGGCAGGGAAAGCUGCAUGCCAAGUCGAUGCUUGUCGCCGCAGACGGAACCUGGACCGCUACCGUCGAGGACGAAGUUGACGACAAUACCGAUGACGACGAACCGAGGUCAGCACCUGCGGCGGCGAAGUCGGGCUCCUUGCCGGCUCCCCCGGUGUCGAGGAACCAGAACGUCGAGGUUAUUGAGCUCCUGGAUGAUGAUUAGGCGCCAAGCACACAGAGCUCGACAAACCCGACGGUCCAGUUGCCCAUCCGGGGCCUCAACAAGGCAUAACUCAGCCCGUUGGAGCUGAUGGCCACUCCUCCCGACUGCGCGGGGGGUGGGAGAGAUAUGGGGUGUCUGGUUUCGGAUGCCCCGGGCGUUUUGAUACUUACGAUCUUAAU